AUUUUGAAUGAUUCAAAAUGGCUCCUCCUGAAUAUGCAAAAUAAAUUCAGAAAAAAAUUAAUAAAACCAAUAAAAAAUAAAUACUUAUAAUAAUAAAAAAAAACAAAAAUCGGAUCUUCAUCAGCACUGCAAUCACGCUCCAUUUCUUUCUCCUUUCCACGCCAUGGAAGAAGCCGACGACGAUUUCGGCUUCGGCUUUGAGGCGGCUCCGUGUAUUGUAUCUCUCGCACCCUUCACCCCUAUACCCUUGCACUCCACGCGCCGCCUCUCCAGCAACUUCACGGAGCCCAGGCGACCGGUCCCUGCGGCUAGACAGCUUGCCUGGUUGUCUCUCGAAGGACGGCUUGUCAAUGCGGACGAGGCUAGUUCGGCUCGAGCCAUUAAAGGAGGCUUGGACCCAGAUGUAGCCGUGGCUUGGGAGCUGUUUAGUCCCAUUGAACGCUUCCUCAUUGUCGCCGUGAUCGGAGUCGCCGUUGCUGAGUCCAAGAAAAACGGCCAAAUUUGUCAACUCAAGAAAUCAGUAGAGCUUCGGGAUCAAGUGUUAUCAACCAUGCAGCAGAAGCUUGACUGUCUGUGUGAGCGGCUAAACAGCGUAAAGGACCAGUCAGGGGCUAAUGCAGACUUACCAUUCCAUGAAGUUUUGGGCUCUGAUAAAACCAAGUUUGUUGAUUGCGGCUGCUGGCUCUGUGAUGAACAUCAUAACCUGUUUAAUAAGUUGACUGGCAACUCUGUAACUAAAGCCUCCAAUGGGGAGGAGAUUCUCCAAUAUAAAAAUGUAGCAGAGCAAGAAGAGCGCCGGAUGUCUGAUUUAUCGGACUGGGCUUCAAGUGUCACAUCUGCUGCUGAAUUCCAGAUGAACAACUUAGCCAUAGAACAAGACGUUUAUAAUCUCAAGAGGGACUGUGACGAGAAGGAUGCCACCAUUAAAGAGCUGACCACUUUACUCCACUCAUCUGAUAUUGCUGGCACAAAGAGGAUAGCAGAGCUUGAAGACAUCAUACGAAGGAAGAACAUGAUGAUUACAAGAUUGAAGAAAGACAUGGUGGUUCUAGAACAAAAGGUGGUGAACCUUACAAGACUCCGCAGACCCUCCUUCUCAGAAUCGCAUGGUAAACAAGUGCCAUACAUGACAGAAAACGUCCUUUAUGAUAUGGACGGUACCACUAGUCCUUCAUCUUCUGAUUCAGACAGCUGCCCUGCUGAACGAUCCCAAUCUACUGUUUUUGAGAGGCCCAAGAUCCCUGCCCAGAGUUUUGACACUGAUUCGACAACCAGCCAGAAAUCAGCACCAGCAAAAGCAUCAUGUUCAAUGGUGAGAACAAAGGACUGGCAUGCAAAGUCUCAAUCAGAAAGGCCUCUAACAGAAAUAUCAAUGAAUCAGAGAUCUUAUACAAUUCCAUCUUCAAGGCAAAGGCACUUGUCAGCUGGUGGAGAAUCCAAAAAGAGUAGGAGGCAUAUUCUAUCUGGAAAAAAGGAUUCAACACCGCACAAGAGAUGGGUUUAGUAGGCUGAAUACAGAAUGUAUGUCCAUCUCCAAGUUGUAGUUGCAUGUCUUCUCGUUUUCAAGACCAUUAUCAGGUUAUAUAUAGAAGUUGAAGUUAGAUUUUCCCCUGUUUAACAUUGUUGAUUACAGUAGAUUUUCUUGUAAAAAGCUACUUCUUCACUAUCUAUUAAUAAUAUAUGUAUUAUGAUUAUUA